AUGGAAUGGGUACCAGGUGGGGAAGGUGGGUGUGGUUACAGGGUCGGAUGGGAUGGGUACCAGGUGGGGAAGGUGGGUGUGGUUACAGGGUCGGAUGGGAUGGGUACCAGGUGGGGAAGGUGGGUGUGGUUACAGGGUCGGAUGGGAUGGGUACCAGGUGGGGAAGGUGGGUGUGGUUACAGGGUCGGAUGGGAUGGGUACCAGGUGGGGAAGGUGGGUGUGGUUACAGGGUCGGAUGGGAUGGGUACCAGGUGGGGAAGGUGGGUGUGGUUACAGGGUCGGAUGGGAUGGGUACCAGGUGGGGAAGGUGGGUGUGGUUACAGGGUCGGAUGGGAUGGGUACCAGGUGGGGAAGGUGGGUGUGGUUACAGGGUCGGAUGGGAUGGGUACCAGGUGGGGAAGGUGGGUGUGGUUACAGGAUCGGAUGGGAUGGGUACCAGGUGGGGAAGGUGGGUGUGGUUACAGGGUCGGAUGGGAUGGGUACCAGGUGGGGAAGGUGGGUGUGGUUACAGGGUCGGAUGGGAUGGGUACCAGGUGGGGAAGGUGGGUGUGGUUACAGGGUCGGAUGGGAUGGGUACCAGGUGGGGAAGGUGGGUGUGGUUACAGGGUCGGAUGGGAUGGGUACCAGGUGGGGAAGGUGGGUGUGGUUACAGGGUCGGAUGGGAUGGGUACCAGGUGGGGAAGGUGGGUGUGGUUACAGGGUCGGAUGGGAUGGGUACCAGGUGGGGAAGGUGGGUGUGGUUACAGGGUCGGAUGGGAUGGGUACCAGGUGGGGAAGGUGGGUGUGGUUACAGGGUCGGAUGGGAUGGGUACCAGGUGGGGAAGGUGGGUGUGGUUACAGGGUCGGAUGGGAUGGGUACCAGGUGGGGAAGGUGGGUGUGGUUACAGGGUCGGAUGGGAUGGGUACCAGGUGGGGAAGGUGGGUGUGGUUACAGGGUCGGAUGGGAUGGGUACCAGGUGGGGAAGGUGGGUGUGGUUACAGGGUCGGAUGGGAUGGGUACCAGGUGGGGAAGGUGGGUGUGGUUACAGGGUCGGAUGGGAUGGGUACCAGGUGGGGAAGGUGGGUGUGGUUACAGGGUCGGAUGGGAUGGGUACCAGGUGGGGAAGGUGGGUGUGGUUACAGGGUCGGAUGGGAUGGGUACCAGGUGGGGAAGGUGGGUGUGGUUACAGGGUCGGAUGGGAUGGGUACCAGGUGGGGAAGGUGGGUGUGGUUACAGGGUCGGAUGGGAUGGGUACCAGGUGGGGAAGGUGGGUGUGGUUACAGGGUCGGAUGGGAUGGGUACCAGGUGGGGAAGGUGGGUGUGGUUACAGGGUCGGAUGGGAUGGGUACCAGGUGGGGAAGGUGGGUGUGGUUACAGGGUCGGAUGGGAUGGGUACCAGGUGGGGAAGGUGGGUGUGGUUACAGGGUCGGAUGGGAUGGGUACCAGGUGGGGAAGGUGGGUGUGGUUACAGGGUCGGAUGGGAUGGGUACCAGGUGGGGAAGGUGGGUGUGGUUACAGGGUCGGAUGGGAUGGGUACCAGGUGGGGAAGGUGGGUGUGGUUACAGGGUCGGAUGGGAUGGGUACCAGGUGGGGAAGGUGGGUGUGGUUACAGGGUCGGAUGGGAUGGGUACCAGGUGGGGAAGGUGGGUGUGGUUACAGGGUCGGAUGGGAUGGGUACCAGGUGGGGAAGGUGGGUGUGGUUACAGGGUCGGAUGGGAUGGGUACCAGGUGGGGAAGGUGGGUGUGGUUACAGGGUCGGAUGGGAUGGGUACCAGGUGGGGAAGGUGGGUGUGGUUACAGGGUCGGAUGGGAUGGGUACCAGGUGGGGAAGGUGGGUGUGGUUACAGGGUCGGAUGGGAUGGGUACCAGGUGGGGAAGGUGGGUGUGGUUACAGGGUCGGAUGGGAUGGGUACCAGGUGGGGAAGGUGGGUGUGGUUACAGGGUCGGAUGGGAUGGGUACCAGGUGGGGAAGGUGGGUGUGGUUACAGGGUCGGAUGGGAUGGGUACCAGGUGGGGAAGGUGGGUGUGGUUACAGGGUCGGAUGGGAUGGGUACCAGGUGGGGAAGGUGGGUGUGGUUACAGGGUCGGAUGGGAUGGGUACCAGGUGGGGAAGGUGGGUGUGGUUACAGGGUCGGAUGGGAUGGGUACCAGGUGGGGAAGGUGGGUGUGGUUACAGGGUCGGAUGGGAUGGGUACCAGGUGGGGAAGGUGGGUGUGGUUACAGGGUCGGAUGGGAUGGGUACCAGGUGGGGAAGGUGGGUGUGGUUACAGGGUCGGAUGGGAUGGGUACCAGGUGGGGAAGGUGGGUGUGGUUACAGGGUCGGAUGGGAUGGGUACCAGGUGGGGAAGGUGGGUGUGGUUACAGGGUCGGAUGGGAUGGGUACCAGGUGGGGAAGGUGGGUGUGGUUACAGGGUCGGAUGGGAUGGGUACCAGGUGGGGAAGGUGGGUGUGGUUACAGGGUCGGAUGGGAUGGGUACCAGGUGGGGAAGGUGGGUGUGGUUACAGGGUCGGAUGGGAUGGGUACCAGGUGGGGAAGGUGGGUGUGGUUACAGGGUCGGAUGGGAUGGGUACCAGGUGGGGAAGGUGGGUGUGGUUACAGGGUCGGAUGGGAUGGGUACCAGGUGGGGAAGGUGGGUGUGGUUACAGGGUCGGAUGGGAUGGGUACCAGGUGGGGAAGGUGGGUGUGGUUACAGGGUCGGAUGGGAUGGGUACCAGGUGGGGAAGGUGGGUGUGGUUACAGGGUCGGAUGGGAUGGGUACCAGGUGGGGAAGGUGGGUGUGGUUACAGGGUCGGAUGGGAUGGGUACCAGGUGGGGAAGGUGGGUGUGGUUACAGGGUCGGAUGGGAUGGGUACCAGGUGGGGAAGGUGGGUGUGGUUACAGGGUCGGAUGGGAUGGGUACCAGGUGGGGAAGGUGGGUGUGGUUACAGGGUCGGAUGGGAUGGGUACCAGGUGGGGAAGGUGGGUGUGGUUACAGGGUCGGAUGGGAUGGGUACCAGGUGGGGAAGGUGGGUGUGGUUACAGGGUCGGAUGGGAUGGGUACCAGGUGGGGAAGGUGGGUGUGGUUACAGGGUCGGAUGGGAUGGGUACCAGGUGGGGAAGGUGGGUGUGGUUACAGGGUCGGAUGGGAUGGGUACCAGGUGGGGAAGGUGGGUGUGGUUACAGGGUCGGAUGGGAUGGGUACCAGGUGGGGAAGGUGGGUGUGGUUACAGGGUCGGAUGGGAUGGGUACCAGGUGGGGAAGGUGGGUGUGGUUACAGGGUCGGAUGGGAUGGGUACCAGGUGGGGAAGGUGGGUGUGGUUACAGGGUCGGAUGGGAUGGGUACCAGGUGGGGAAGGUGGGUGUGGUUACAGGGUCGGAUGGGAUGGGUACCAGGUGGGGAAGGUGGGUGUGGUUACAGGGUCGGAUGGGAUGGGUACCAGGUGGGGAAGGUGGGUGUGGUUACAGGGUCGGAUGGGAUGGGUACCAGGUGGGGAAGGUGGGUGUGGUUACAGGGUCGGAUGGGAUGGGUACCAGGUGGGGAAGGUGGGUGUGGUUACAGGGUCGGAUGGGAUGGGUACCAGGUGGGGAAGGUGGGUGUGGUUACAGGGUCGGAUGGGAUGGGUACCAGGUGGGGAAGGUGGGUGUGGUUACAGGGUCGGAUGGGAUGGGUACCAGGUGGGGAAGGUGGGUGUGGUUACAGGGUCGGAUGGGAUGGGUACCAGGUGGGGAAGGUGGGUGUGGUUACAGGGUCGGAUGGGAUGGGUACCAGGUGGGGAAGGUGGGUGUGGUUACAGGGUCGGAUGGGAUGGGUACCAGGUGGGGAAGGUGGGUGUGGUUACAGGGUCGGAUGGGAUGGGUACCAGGUGGGGAAGGUGGGUGUGGUUACAGGGUCGGAUGGGAUGGGUACCAGGUGGGGAAGGUGGGUGUGGUUACAGGGUCGGAUGGGAUGGGUACCAGGUGGGGAAGGUGGGUGUGGUUACAGGGUCGGAUGGGAUGGGUACCAGGUGGGGAAGGUGGGUGUGGUUACAGGGUCGGAUGGGAUGGGUACCAGGUGGGGAAGGUGGGUGUGGUUACAGGGUCGGAUGGGAUGGGUACCAGGUGGGGAAGGUGGGUGUGGUUACAGGGUCGGAUGGGAUGGGUACCAGGUGGGGAAGGUGGGUGUGGUUACAGGGUCGGAUGGGAUGGGUACCAGGUGGGGAAGGUGGGUGUGGUUACAGGGUCGGAUGGGAUGGGUACCAGGUGGGGAAGGUGGGUGUGGUUACAGGGUCGGAUGGGAUGGGUACCAGGUGGGGAAGGUGGGUGUGGUUACAGGGUCGGAUGGGAUGGGUACCAGGUGGGGAAGGUGGGUGUGGUUACAGGGUCGGAUGGGAUGGGUACCAGGUGGGGAAGGUGGGUGUGGUUACAGGGUCGGAUGGGAUGGGUACCAGGUGGGGAAGGUGGGUGUGGUUACAGGGUCGGAUGGGAUGGGUACCAGGUGGGGAAGGUGGGUGUGGUUACAGGGUCGGAUGGGAUGGGUACCAGGUGGGGAAGGUGGGUGUGGUUACAGGGUCGGAUGGGAUGGGUACCAGGUGGGGAAGGUGGGUGUGGUUACAGGGUCGGAUGGGAUGGGUACCAGGUGGGGAAGGUGGGUGUGGUUACAGGGUCGGAUGGGAUGGGUACCAGGUGGGGAAGGUGGGUGUGGUUACAGGGUCGGAUGGGAUGGGUACCAGGUGGGGAAGGUGGGUGUGGUUACAGGGUCGGAUGGGAUGGGUACCAGGUGGGGAAGGUGGGUGUGGUUACAGGGUCGGAUGGGAUGGGUACCAGGUGGGGAGGAAGAGUGAGAACAGAACGUCUUUGUUCAUGGAACUGA